AUGGCCGUGGGCAGGCCAACUUGGGAUGUCCAGCUUGGCCAGAAGGAUUCUCUGACACCCAAUGCCACCACUACCAUGGAACUGCCUGGCCCAGAUUCCCCUCUCACCAAACUUAAGCAAAAGUUCGUCGCCAAAAGCUUCACUACGGUAGAGAUGGUGGCCUUGUCUAGCUCUUACACCAUCGAGAGGGCGAGCUGCUGGUUCUUCCAAGAUCUUAUCUACAACAAUGACAGCAACAUGGACCGUCAGUAUGUGGCAAAGAUGCAGUUUGCCUAUCCAUCGAUCGGGGGUGACGUCACAGUGGUAGUCGUUGACCCUCAGAGCCCCAACUCAUCAACAAGACCUAUUACGGCAACCUCGUCGAGCGAAAAGAUCUGUUCCAGACGGACCAGGCAUUCUUUGGCAAUGAGGGUGGCAAUGCAUCGGGGCGUGGUGUCCUGCGCCGACACUCUGGCUGUGGCAGCCAGAGAAGGGGUCGUUGCCGUGGGUGGGCCAAGUUGGGACUUCCUGCUUGGCCGGAAGGAUUCCCUGGCGCCCAAUGCCAGUGCCACCAUCGAGUUACCCGACUUGGAUUCCCCUAUUGCCGGUCUCAGGAAAAUGUUCACCGCCAAAGGUUUCACGGAGGCAGAGAUGGUGGCCCUGUCUAGCGCCCAUAAUAUCGGGAGGUCGAGCUGCCGUUUCUUCUGCGGUCGCAUCUACAACGACGCUAACAUAGACCGAGAGUACGCGGCUAGGCUGCAAACCGCCUGUCCAGCUGUCGGGGGCAACCUCAUAGUGGCGCCCCUUGACCCUUGGAGCCCCGAUAUGUUCGACAACGCCUACUACGACAACUUGGUGGAGUGGAGGGGCCUGUUCCAAUCGGACCAUGCAUUGUUCAGCGGUAGAGCGACAAUGCGGUAG